AUGGGAGAAGAGUGAGUUUCAUUUGUUUACAUUAAGUUUACAAUGGCACAGGUUUCAUUUUUAAGACUAUGUAUGUAGGUAUAAACAAUAUUUGCAUAUUUAUUGCCUAAGGUUUAAUGACAUGAUGUGUAUUGUGUUUUCACAUUUGGAAUAUAAUGUUACAGUCGUCACCUGUAUUACUAUCUGGAUGAUUUUUGGUAAAGUAGUGGAUCAUUUUUAUGACUACUAAGUGACUGUUUUCUGUGCCUUUUUAUGGUUAGAAUGCAUGGUUAACUAUUUAUUACAAUUUGGAGUCACUGAGAUGUGUAUUUUUGUAUUCUGAAUAAAUAAAUGGUUCAGCUUUUGUUGUACAUUUUGAAGGUGCCUUAAAACAGGCUACCUAUUCAUAUCUCUCUUCUUCAAUAAAACCAAAUACAUAUGCAGCACGGCUCUGUUUCUCUCUGGUUUUAUUUGAUCUGCAGGAAAAUAAACAGUGCAUGAACAUGUAAAGAUUUGAAGGAGGUUUCAUGUGUUUCUCUUGAGAGUCCAAGUUACAGGUAAAGACAAUUUGGUUUAUUUGGAAUAAAAUAAAUGUUAUGCUUUAUAACUCCACAUGAUUUCUCAGGCUAGAAGGUGAUUUUUUUGCUGUUUGUGCCCAAUAAACAGAUUGGAUAUUUGAAAUGAUGCGAAUCCUUCAUUGUUUUAAAAAGCUCAAAUGGGAGCCGAAGAUAUGUCCAUGAGUGCUCAGGUGGAAAAUCCUCAUCCUUCUCUGUUGUAGCACUAUAAACAUUACUAUAUCAACUGCCUGAUCUGUGUUCUAUGCUCAACCAUGGAGACGAUGCAGCAUGCACAGGUACGGAAACACCACUUUGACGAAACACAUGCAGAACUUUACAAACAGGUUACUGUCUUUGAGGUCAGAUUUGAAAAAUUGUAGCAGUGAGAAAUGAGAAUAUUGAAAGAGAUGUAGCAGAGUCAGAAGGACCGUAUUUGUAUUUCAAAUAGUGGCGUAAAAAUGAAAAUUCAUCACAGUACAGAUAUUCAAAAUGUUAACUGAAUUGUACUGAAGUCAAUCUACCUCACUGUCCACUGCUGGUUGUCAGGGUAAAUAAAGAUAGAGCAAGUUAGAGUCAAAUUGGUAUAAUUUAUCCUCUGUUAUAUCCCCAUAGAAAAAAUGAUCAUUCUUGUUUUGAGUCAUUUUGAUUGAUGAAAAUGACAUAUUUUCUUUAGUUUUUAGAAAAUAAAACAGUUACCUUGUAUUUUUCUGUUUAUAAAUUUUACAUCAAUAAAUAUCUUUUCAUAUCUUACAAUAUAUCUGUUAAGUUGUCUAUAUUAAGUAGUCAAAAGAAUAUAAAACAUAAACAGACACCAAUACGAUAAACCAGACCAAAAGCAAAAUAUGCACGAUUCAAACAAUGGAGCACGUUUUCACUUUCUGUUUUGCACUGUGGUAGUUUGUGUACUUACUUACUUUGUCUUUGACGUAAGAAUGAAAUAAACUCGCUUUGAAUAAAGUCAAACUCUGAGUUUAUUUUGGCGUCUGUGUCUAAGGUUCGAUCGGUCCGUGUUCUACAUUGACAGUGCGACAUAUAUCGUGCUCUCGGCGUUCGAUUAAUGAUGCCUCAAACAUCCUUGUUUUCAUGGGAAGAAAUGUAUGCUCUGGAAAUGGGUAGUUCGAUUCAGUUUUGGGAGUUGGCUAAAUUCGUACCAAGGGAGUUAAGCAUACUUGUGUUCUCAAAUCUUUUAAGUGUAUUGCCAGCUUGGGCAAGUGCAUCAUAUGUAGUUGAGGUAUUUAUUUCAGUUAAACAAGCCUUUUUAUUCCAUAUUGAAAAAAGAGUAUCUCAGCUUCGAAUACGUCACAUGAAAAUAUAAAUCACUGAGAUGCAUGCGUGUUAAAUGAUUACUGUAUUGGUAUUAGUCUAUAAACUCGCAACGUAUUUAUUCUUCUAUGUGGAAGAUGUGUGUGUUUCAUGUCAAGUGUUGAUUCAUUUGAUUAAUUUGAAUCGUGAAAAGUCACAGUGAGGAGAUUUGUGUAUUUCUCUGAAGCUACAGAUCAGUGAUAUAAGGUGGUCUUUUUUCAGACAAGAAAGAUAUCGAUCAAUCAAUCAGUCUUUAUUUCUAUAGCACUUUUCAUACACAGCCAUGUAGCAUAAAGUGCUUUACACAGAAAAAAAGAAUAAAAGAAUACCCAAAUCUACCCUAGCCCAACCCCUAAUUCCCAUCCUACAAUCUGAAUGCAACAGAAACAGUAUUAAAAUGCAUAAUCUUAAAAAGGGCUUGAUUCUGUGGAAUGUGUGCAUUGAGGAAACAUCAUUUUAAAACUCAAGAUAAGGAAACACUUGAGGUUUAGGUUAAAAUCUAAAAACAAAGUAACAUGGAGUGAAAUUUAAGACAUAAUAGAUUUAAUGAAAUAAAAACACCAGUAAAAGAUACUAAAAUAAGAGCACCAAAAUAGCUCAUUAAAAAACGAUCCUGUCAUUAAAAUGAGAAGAGAUAAAUGCUAAAACACUUAAACAAUUUAGGUAAAAGCAAGACUAAAAAGAUGUUUCCAGUUUGCUUUUAAAAUCACCCAAAAUUUUUUUGGGGGUAUUCAUGUCAUAGUCCCAGAAGACAUUUCUGUGUCAUUUUGCUAUUUAUCUGAUCAGCAGUAAUACUUCACUUGCUUUCGACCGAUACGUCACCGAUCAUUGGCGAGAGUCGUUCAAAACGAACGAAUCGUUCGCGGAUCGCCCAUCAACCUCAGAGGCUACCGUCAUCGCUGCUGGAGUCCGACACUGAGCUGGGAGGUAAAAUGACACUGUAAAGGGAAACGAAUAUGUUUGGAAUCCACAGAAAAUUAUAGGGGAUUAAUUGAGUGUCGUUUUUAAGAAUCUACCUCAGCGCUACCGUUAGCUCUGUGGCUAAAUGCUAGCUAUCGACAGUAAGGUUACAUCACGUAUCGAGCCGACCGCGGCCUGGUUCUGCUGCUGAUAGCCCGAUGAUUGACAGCGUAUCAACUAGCAAGGUGCUCGAAUUUAACUGACUAACAUUUAGAGGUUUCUUACAUUGAUUAUUGUGAGUAGAGAUGGAUAUUGAAUGCACGGAUAGCAGCCAGUUCGCUAGCUAACAGCUUGUGUGUUGUGGAAAUGACUGCAUAGAGCCUGAGUGGUCGUGAAUCAACAUCAGCAUCCAGUCAGAGAGGCUCGGCUGUGGCCUGUUCUGAUGCGGGUCACAGACGGUUACCCGGUAUAGUUUGAUUGUUAUUUUAACAUGUAGAGGUUAUACACGAAACAAUAGUUGUUGACAUGGUGCUUGGAUGUUGUCAGUGAUGUUAACUGUGGGUGGUUUCUGAUUUAGGUGGCAGUGAUAGUAAACUGUUUUGUCCUUAUGCGGUUUGGUAAUCAUAUCAUUUGUCAAGUUUAACACUCUGCUUUCUUGUGUAACCUCCUUGUAUGAGGACUCAGAUUAUGCUGUUCAUUAUCUACAGUGAAUGGCCUUUUUCAGAGACUCUCAUCACUAUCUGUCUUCUAUAGAUAUCUAUAUUCUAUAUUCUAUAUUCUAUAGACAUUGACAGGCAUCACAGGACUUUGUGUGAUAUGACAUAUAAACUUAAUUAUAUCUUUAGACUGCAGCUGCAUCAUAUACUCAUUAUUCUUAUUAUAUAGCACCAAUUCACAACAGUCGUCAUCUCAAGACACUUUCCAAAGAAAAAGAGCAGGUCUAGACUAUCAAGACCCAACCUAAGAUGGGAUUUGGUCCAUCUCGUCUAACAUGAGUAAAAGUGGCGAGGAAAAAACUUCCUUUGAACAGGCAGAAACCUUGAGCAGGACCAGACUCAUGCUAGACAGCCACCAGGCCGCUGCUGGGUUGGGGAGGAAUACAGAGAGAUAGAGAGAGAAAGAGAACAAGAUAGAGGGAAGGUGAGAGAGAGAGACAGGGGACAACAGCAGCAACAAAAACAACAGCUCAUGUAACGGUGAAACCAGAUGAAUUCAGUUUACAGGAUCAGGAUAUGAGUAAUUAUGGACAAUGUAAAAUUAAUUUAAUGUGAUUACAGUCAGCAGGCCUAAUAGUAGUUAACUCUAGUUUCAUGUUAUUACUGUCAGUGAGGCUGAUGUUCAUGUCUGCAGCAACACCAGAGGAACCUAAGAGAAGAAAGAGCUCAGGGCCUGAGGCAGACAAUCAUAAACGAUGAAGCUGGAGUCCAGCAGGUCCACAGCAGCCAACCUACUACAGACAAAAAAAUCAUAUGCAAAAGCAAAAUAAUGAAAAAAAAAUACUCAAAUUUCUGAAUAGAUAAAACAUCUUAAUUUCAGGAAGAGUCGCUACCAGACACCCCUGAUUUUCCUUUUCUGUUGAUAUCGAGGAGAUUUUUUUUCAUCUUUGACCCUCACAGCCAAUAACAGAGUGGGAGGACUUGCCUCUGAAAAAAUGUUGCGGCCAUGUGUCAGCUUAUAAGCACACAUCCAGGAGGAACUCUCUGUACUCUAUUGUUUCCUUUUCACAAUGGGAGCUUCUGCAGCUGCCCUUAGGACAUGUUGACUUUGCAUAAAGUUUGCAUACUGUUUGCCGAUGAUCCAAGCCGACAUUGUAAGACUGUUGCACAUAAGCUUUGAUUUUCUUGCUUUCAGAUCUGUGAUUGUCAGCAGCCAUUUAUCUAUGUGCUAAAGGCUGUUGUAUUGAUGUGUGAGGUAUCCUGACCUGCACAAAGGUUUGGGGUAGUAGUUUGUUCAAAGCGCAGCAGCUUAAGGGACGUUGUUUUGUGUUAUUUCAAUUCCUGUAUGACAGUUUCACGUAGAAGUUACAUAGAUCGGAAAUGUUUUCUCAUCGUUUGUGUUUAAAUUGUUGUCUAAUUAUUUUAAGCUCUUAAAUUUUUCUUCAUGCCGAAACAGACUCAAAUUGCUGUGACGGUUCACCUGUACCACAUUAGACACCAGCGUUUUUCUCUCUCCGUGAGUCUUUCCCAUGUUCCCCUGUCUCUGCCUUUCCCCUCUCUCUGUCUCUGUUUAUCUAUCCUUCCGGCCACCCAAACUCAAGCUAAAAAAUGUUCCCACAUCAGCUCCAAACCAAAAAGAUUUUAGACUACACAGUUUCUGCCCUGACACAGCGUUUUUGCCGUCUUUGCCUUUUGAGGUGAUCACAAACUCACCUCAAGAUCUUUUGACUGCAUCCUGUGGCUCCUCACGGUGAUAAUUAGCCUCAUGAAUCAGUGUUUGAGGCUUUGCUCAAAGCCUGAACUUAGCUGCACUUAAUUGCAGUGUUUACUUAACAUGACGAAGAAAGAGUACAUGAGGCAUUAAGUGACCACAUAAGCUGCGCGAGGUGAUGAUACAGCUCUAGGAGGUUGAUUCUCUUUCACCGUGCCACUAAAUCAGGGCUUGGCAGGAUAGCAGAAAAUGUGAUAACAGUAGGUUUUACAACCCUGAUUCCAAAAAAGGUUGGGGCGCCGCGUGAAAUGUUGAUGGUAAUAAAAGUAAAUGGUUUUGCAAAUCAUUCAAAUCCUCGAUUUAAUUGAGCAUAGCGCAAAGAAAGCGUAUUAGAUGCUGACUGAAAGUUUUUGAUAGUUCUGAAAAAAACUCAUACAAAAGACUUUUUAAAGCUGUAAUGUUGAUUUUAAACCAUCAAACACUGGUUAAAAACACUAUUUUCUUCAAAACUCCUUAAAAGACAAAGCAUGCCAGGAGGGGCUGCCAGCUGAGCUACCACUAUUAUUAGCUCAGCUUGGUUUUUUAGGUUGGUAUUUCCUCUAUCAUCACAGAGAUAUAAACAAAGGGAAAAAAGAUACAUAAAAAAAUACUAAACAGGACAAGUUUUUGUUAUGAAUGGGUCUUUUGUGUGUCCUUGAGGCUGCAAAUUGAGCUGUCACUACUGUUUCCUCGGUUUGUUUGUUUUUUCUUAAGGUUAGAUAAGAUUUUUAAUGUAAAAAGACUCAUUAUCAAGGUCUUGUACUAUGUUAGAUUUAAUACUGAAAACUAGCAAUGACAUGACAUAAAUCAGUUCCUGGUUCCUGAAGAAGGUGGGGCUGCCAGCUGAGCUACUAUUAUUAUUAGCUCAGCUUGUUUUUCUAUGGUUGGUAUUUCCUCUAUCAUCACAGAGAUAUAAACAAAUGGAAAAAAAAAACAUAAAAAAACACUGAACAGUUAUGAAUGGGUCUUUUGUGUGUCCUGGAAGCUGCAAAUUGAACUGUCACUACUGUUUCCUCUUUUUUUUUUUUUUUUUCGUAAGUUAAGGUUGGGUAAGAUUUUUACUUUAAAAAAGACUCAUUAUCAAGGUCUUAUACUAUGUUAGAUUUAAUACUGAAAACUAGCAAUGACAUCAGUUCCUCUGAAGAAGGUGGGGCUGAUAGCUGAGCUACCACUAUUAUUAGCUCAACUUGUUUUUUUAGAUUGGUAUUUCCUCUAUCAUCACAGAGAUAUCAACAAAUGAAAAAAGAAACAUUAAAAAUCUUUACAAAAACACAAAACAGGACAAAUUUGUGUUAAGAAUUGGUCUUUUGUGUGUCCUGGAGGCUGCAAGUCGAGCUGUCACUACUGUUUGCUCAGCUUUUGUUUUUAAAGGUUAUAUACUAUGUAAGAUAUAAUACUGAAAACUAGCAAUGACAUGAUAUAAGUCAGUUCCUCUGAAGAAGGUGGGGCUGCUAGCUGAGCUGCCACCUUCUUAGGUCAGUAAGUCAGUGGCUAUCUUAGUGAACCCACAAUCCAGACCCAUGAGGACAGUUAAAUAUCUCCAUCUGGCUAAAAGACACCCCAAAAAUGCAAGAUUAGGUUGUUGUGACUCAAACUUACUGUUCCUUAAUCAUCUGUUUUUGCCUCUUUCUCAUAAGUCUUCCAUUUUUUUAUAUAUGUAAUAACUGGAUGUUGGUAUGCAUUUCAUUCCUGGCGGUCAACAUGUUUAUUUCUGUGUAAGAUCUCGUAAUACAAAGUAAAAAAUGUCUAAUUUUAUAGAUUUUCUGUGAAGAACAUUCCUUGCCGGCCUGUAACUGAGAGCUAAAUCUGUAAACUGAACAUGAAACACCCCGAGGCUGGAGAAGCUGGUUUACCAACUAUUUUUAUAUUGUUCAGCUCUGUUUUAGAAAUAAUAGACAUCACUGUGCCUGCUUUGCCUGUGAGCGCAUUGGGAUGCACUGCAUAGUUGAGGUCGGCAGCGGUGGCUGGAUCUGUUGUUUUUGUAGCCCACCAAAGCAUCAUGAGAGGCUUGGAGGUCCUGGUUCUGCAGAGGAAGCCGAUGGCAUGUAGUCUACCCCUCUGGUUCUCAGGAUGCAGGACGGGCUGAUCAAUGAGACCACCUGCCUGCCCGGGUCUAGACUCCACCAGCCGCCUUGGACCCUACCUCAAAGGAGAGCAUUGGAUUUCUUGGGAAACUUUUCCCUCUUGUACACUGUAAAUAUUUUGCCUCCUUUAGCCGCUCUCUCAUGCUGCUUACUGAGUGUGUUUCCCCGGCUCAGAGCACACACCCCUGCUCUCCUGCCUCACUGUUUGAUCUUUGAUGCAGGCCCGACUGUUUAAAGAAUAUCAAAGAAGCACGGCCUACUGUAGCUUAUCCUCACCACCAGGACAAGUCUAGGCCUUCUUAAGAGAGCCUGACUCAUGUUAGUUUCACACGGGUUCGGAGGAGACAUUGGUCUCAAAGGUCGGCUGUACAAUCUGAAAAAUGUGGAGCUCAAACCAGAAGCUGAGUUCAGACCUUAAAAUUCCCAGGUUUGAUCCCACUGCUUCAGCGAGUUAACCGAACAACACAGGUGCAGAGACUUAACCUUUGUUGCGUGUAAAGUGCCGUCUUUGUCAUGUCAGGCUUCCUUUUAUGGCAGCUGUGAAUAAAGACAGGGUGUGAUAUCUCUUUGUUUGCUAAUGGCACUCAUACUGUCAUGUGAUUCUGUGCUUGAGGAUGUGAAAGCAAAGCGGCACGUAAGAGAAACAGACACAGAAAGUAGCAGAGAAAAAGGAAGUCAGUUGUAGGUCUGGAUGCAAAAUUAUAUUUCAUUUCUAUGCUUGCACUCGUGUGGUUGCUUUAUAACUUACUCUGUGAUGAUUUCCACUCUCCCCCUCUUCUCCACACCUGCCUUUUCACAGGUGAGCGGCCAGUCAGCCACCUCUGUUGCCAUGGAUGCCUGUGCACGUAUUAGAGGAGUCCCUUUAAGGACCAGGGCCUCAGUUCGGAAAGAGGUAUGUGAGCAGGGACUUAGGGACUCAAAAGCUGCAUUAAGCUCUCGUGCAUGCUACAGUAAGAGACAAAUACAUCCACGCUGGUUUCCUGUUAUUUUUGUUGGGUAACCAUCUACUUAGACUGAAAAACCCUGAACUUGUGUGUGUGUGUGUGUGUGUGUGUGUGUGUGUGUGUGUGUGUUUGCAGACUGUGCGUGACACUGGAGCGCAGUGUGUGAAGAGCCUCUUCAGGAACAGAAAGGAGUUAUGCAGCGUUGGCCUGGAGCUGCCGACCAGAGACGCCACAAGACUGACAGAGGUUUGUCACACAAACAGCAGCUUUAACAGAGACAGAGCGCAGCCUCAUUCAAAGACAAACACUGACUGUCUCUGUCUGUGCUCCUUCACAGAUUCAUUUCGUCUGUCUGCCUGGUCAGUGUGAGGGGGAAGAUGUCACCCAGCAGGUAUGUUUUUACCGGUACUCACAUGAAUGAUGAAUGAAUCCUAAGAAGAUGCUGAUGGGUCAUAUUUUCAGGUAGGGCUGGGCGAUGAACCGAAAAUUUACAGAUACCAAAAUUUACGACAAUAACCAACGUCCUUUAGCCCAUAUCAAUAUAUUCAGUGUCCAAAAAAUACAUAAAUAAACGGUAUUGAUUUGAGGCCAUAUCACCCAGCCCUAUUUUCAGGUUAUAUUGCUGUGGGUAAUUUGACCCACAUGAUGAUGUGUCUCUGUCUCCCUCCUCCAGGCUCUGUCCUCACUUCCGGCGGGACUGUGCGAGCUCCUCCGGUCCCUCCACGUUCACGGCCUGAAGAACGACGAGGUUCUGCUGCUCAGAGACUUCCGCAGGCUGACAGAGCACAAGGACGCCGGGCCUCAGGUACCGUAGGUGUUAAAAUUGUUUCAUGAUGAAGGAAUCUGACAACUUUAGCGAGAAGUAAGAGAGGAGGAGAAAAGGCAUAUUGAAAGGAAAAAAAGCCAAAAUCAUAUUAGAUUCUGAAGAAACAUGUUUUUUUCUCUUUUUUCAUGAGCAGAGUACAAAAAAGAUGAUUUCUGUCUACUACAGAAAGGUCAUUUUUUUGUGUAUCUUACAUAUUAACGGACACAUGAAGCUUUUCUGAGACUGUAGGUGGACUGAAAGCAAUGUGUGUUUCCUCAGCCCAUGUUCGCAGUCUCUUCCUUCCUGGUCCCGUUCGUCGUGUUUGGGUUCACACAGGCCCCGGAGCUCACUCUGUGGUUUUGGUCCUCUUAAUUCAGACUGUGAGACCUCCCACUUAUCUGCAUCACAAAGCGGACAGGCUCUGAGUGAUUCUCUGGUCUUCACAUGCAAUCAGAGUUCAGACAUAACCAAACAAUCCCAGCCCUCCGUCUCCCUCCGGUCAGAUUAGGAUAAGAAAAGAAGUCCUGUGUGAACUCUGCUUUAUUUCCAAAGUGUUUGACGUUAUCAGCUGGUUUUGUUUCAGGGGAUUCCUGGUUUCUGGUUACACAUACUUUGACUCUGAUUUAGACUAGUUUAACCAGGCUUAACCUCAAGUUCCUCUGUUUCUUUUCUCUUUCCUUUCUUCUCUCCAACCUCCAUCUUUUCCUCCAGUGUUGGUUGAAGGCGGUGUGUGUGCUGAGACACAAUCCCAGCGCCGGCGUCUACCCUCAGGCCGCUGUGGCAUCUUUGGUGGGCUUGCUUGGGUGCUACAUGGCAGGCGUUCGCUACGCUCUGGAGCUUCAGGCCCUUCAGAGGGGCACAGCUGAGCCCAGCCAGCCUGAAGAGGACGACACCAACCAGUCGGUGUCAUCUAUCGAGGAUGACUUUGUCACGGCGCUGGAGCAUCUGGAGGAGGACGAUACUGGAGACAAUCCCUGUAGGUUAAAUAUCUGAUGCUGAGUGGGAUGUAGUAGCUUCUGGUAGGGCUGGGCGAUAAACCGAGUAUUUACCGAUACCAAAAUUUACAACAAUAACUGACAUCAAUUUGGCCAAAACGGUAUAUUCAGUGUCAAAAAAAUAAAUAAAUAGAAGUUGGUUUUGGAUGUGUGUAGGUAGGCUUUGGUCUCAUGUCCCUUUAAAAACACUGUCCUACAUCAGAGACGUGACUCCACCCCAUCCAGUCCGUAACAAAGAGGCAAAGUCAGGUGAGGAGAUGGAGGACGGUUCAAAAGUUGUAGCGGCUGAAGUAGACAAAGUUAAUGUGGGAGGGGGUGAGCAGCUUGUGUCGUAGUUAUCGUCCAUUUAUCGUUAUCGAGGUGAACUGCUCAAUAUAUCGCAAUAUUGAUUUGAGGCCAUAUCGCCCAGCCCUAAUUUCUGGUGUGUUACAUAGAUUAUAAUUCUGCAAAUUUAUCUCUGAUAUCACCAAAAUAGAAACCUCUGACUCAUCUCUGCACCACUCUUGAGACUUUUUAGUCUUUUUUUCUUAUAUAUUAACAAGGGGUGCCCCGAUACAAUAUUGAUAUCAGAUAUUGGUCCGGUAUCAGCAAAAAAAUCGAAUAUCAGAUUAUAUCGGCCUGCAUCUAAAAUCUUUGAUAUCAGCACUCUGAUACAAGCAGUCCACUCCAGCAUCUCUAUAUAGCAGCACCCAUAUCCAGCAUGUAGAGCCCACGUGAUCACAACAUUAGUGUGUACUAAGGUACUAACAAAUUAGCGAGGAGUAGGAGUGAUUUCGGCCCUGUGGCAGUUUUUUUUUAUUUAAGUCUGAAAAAGACGUUGCAGCUGAGUGCAAAACUUGUCAUGCAUAGGUUGUGCUAAUAUCGGAUCAAUAUCGGUAUUGGCCAAUAUUACAGGCUACACUAUCGGUAUAGUAACGUAGGUGAAAAAGUUGUAUCAGGACACUUCUGACGUCUCUGGUGUCUAAACAGUUGUUCUCUCUGUCUCCUCUCACAGCUGCAGCUUCCUAUCGCCACUAUAAAAAGCGUGACGUUGCAUCACAGACCAUCCCCGCCCACAAGAGGAAAAAGGAAUUAUCAGGCUCCCGCAUCAUCAUCGGCUCAUCUUCACAGAAGAAGAACUCGGCCAAACACAAGUCAGGCCCAGACGUGUCGGUCACAGUACAGACGUCAACAUCCGGCGUGGAAUCCCAGUGGACUUACUGCAGCCCCGGAGCUCGUCUCCCCUCACCUUUGGACCAUGUCAGUGAAUCAGAAGAGUCCGACUGCUCCAGCCCCAGCCCCAUCAUUUUCCUGGAUGAGGUGGGAUACCAGAAGAGCAUGUUGGCCAAGCUGGACAUCCCUCAGGUACCAGGGGGGCCCAGAGAGCGAGUGGAGGACUCUGACUCCGAGGUCAGCGAGUUCUUCGACAGCUUUGAUCAGUUUGACGACCUGGACGAGCUGAGCUCUGAGAGCUGCACGCUCGCACUUCCUCUGGACGCCAUCAGCGCCCCGACCACACAGAAAAAAUCUGACCCCAGCUCCACCGGACCAACAUGUAAAUAUGUUUCCAGAGGUUGCUCCACCAAGGGGAUGAACCCUCACCGCUUUGACCAGCCCACUCUCCCAGCCAAUGUGAAGAAACCCACCCCCCUGAAACCAGGCUCCCCUUACUCACCCCACUCUGAGGUGCCAGAUUCCCCCCGACCAAUGCAGACGCCCUCAGAUGAGAAUGGAGGCCCUCUCUUCAGUCCUGUUAGCUCCUCAGCCUUCAGCCCCCUGGUGGACUCUAGUGGACCACUUGAGUACUUCUGGAAGACAGAUGAUGACGGACAGGACACCUCAGAGCUCCGUAAACCCCAGGAUCUCUGCUCUCUAUACAAGACCUACUCCGACUUCGCAAGCAGCCUGUCCAAAGAGAUCCUUGGAUCUGUGUGCGGUUACCAGUCCGCUGUGGACAUCAACGACAACAAGAACCUCAGCUGCGUCUGUCACAAGGAGUUUCAGAACCCCUCUGGCUAUGUGAUGAAGCUCUCAGAGAUCCAGGAGACUGUAACGGUGGCCAAACUACAGAAAACCUCCCAGUCUUUGAAAGAUGGCAUCCAGAGGUUUGCCACUGACCUGGUGGAGAUGAGCCUGGGCAGCGCCUUACGAGAUCUUCAGAAAGGGGUUUCCUCGUGCACCACCACCUUGUGUCACCUCGCCGCCAGACUCACAUCCUCUGUCUUUCAGAUGGCUUUCCAUGAGAUAGGUAUGCGGCGUGCGUAUGUGUUAAAGGAGCGGGCAAUCAACGGAUUAGCCAACUUCCUGGUCGGAGAGGCCGUAUCCGAGGCGCUGAAGGAGUUCCUGACUGUGAAGAAGCAGAUUUUCCACAACACGGUGACUCGCUUCGCUGCUGAUCUGGCUGAAGAGCUGGUGUUUGAAGGCAUCAUGGAGGUGUGUCAGUUCUCCCAUCCCUCCACCCCUCGCACCCCCAGUGAUUGGUGCUUUGACCAAGGGCAGGAGGAAGAGGAGGAGGAAGAGGAGGAGGUUGUCUCCUCUUAUGCGUCAGACCUGUCCGAGUCUGUCAUCCAGGAGGCCUUCAUCGAGCUUUCUCAAGCUGACGUCGCCUUCACCAGCCAAGCAGCUAUCAGUGUGUCUCAGGACAACAUCUGUUACGUCAGCGCGGAGAACACCAGCACGCACACCUGCAGUACCUUUGCCAACCAGCAGGUGUUGAGCUCUAGCUCAGCUGCAGCAGCUCCAGGAACAUCAGGAGAAGAUGCCUCCUGCACAGUGAAGAAAGCUCUCUUCACCGUCUCAGGCAUGGCCAGCUGUAUCCCUGUUCCCCAGGCGGGUCAGGCUCUGAACCACCUUCAGGACCCUGAGGAGACCAAACAGUCCGGCAACACAAGAGUCAUAACAUCCGCCUCUAAUACCCUCACUUCCACUCAAACUCACCUUUACAGUCAUGGAACUCAAACCCCCAUCCCUCCAGGAGACCCCUCUCAAGGAAAGUCCCCCUUCCAGAACUUCUCUGGCAACAUGGUGGACAUGAUCGUAACCGAGGCCUGUGAGCUGAUUACUUCCUCGAAGGUGAAGAAGAGUUUUGGUGACUGCGCUGAUUUCUUCACAAAGACAAUCGGGAGCAGACAGGACUCUCUGUCCAAGCAGGAGAACUCGAGCUACGAGGCUCCAGACUCUCCUUCAAAGCAGGGCGCAGCAAGAGAGAGUUUCAGGUACGACUGCAGAGAGGCUGGGUUUGUCAGGAAGGGAGUGCCUGUCGAGCAAGCGGCAGACCUUCCUCACAUUUCCUUUCAAAACCCCAGAAGCAGAGGUGUGUCCGAAGCUCAUCCUGUGCUGAUGGAUACUCUGGAUGUGCCGGGCGCAGAGACGGCGGGACAGAUGAGAGUGUCUGCUCCUGCGGAUGAUUCAACUUCCAGCCCUGGUCAGAAAUCUGGAGGGACCCCUGGGACUCCUCCGUCUACCCCUCAGCAACCCAACGAGGUGUCCAAGGAGAAACAGAUCAAACAGUUCUCGAAGAAGCUCAAAACAAAGCUGGCUAAGGAGUUUUCCCCCGCCACCCCUCCACCCACCCCUCACUAUCAGCCGGAGCCUGGCCCCGGCCCAAAAGACACCAGCCCCGAGGCCGACAAAGCUGAGUUCAUGCUCAAACUGAUGAGGUCUCUUUCUGAGGAGGCAGGAGGAAACGAGGAGGAAGAGGAGGAGGAAGCAGCAGAGGAGGGCGGCGCCGUCUCUAACAGAUGUGCGACAGAUGCGGGGCGCGGGCGACACGAGCUAAACCAAGUGACCGCUCGCAGGAUGUCCAACAAGGAAGCUCUUCAUUACGCAGAGCGGCUGGCCUGUCACAUUGUCUCCAUGGCAACAGAGAUGGACACCUUAGGAGGGGCGGAGGAGGAGGACAGUACGAGUAGGGGCGGUGAGAGAAGGAGGGACAGUGUGGCUCAGUUCUCAGAGCAGACCCUGAACACUCUGUGGGUGUACGCAGGUGAGGUCGCCGGAGAGGUGAUCAGUGACGUGAAGAGGAUGGUGAGCACAGCACAGCAGUGUCCGUACCACAGAACCCUCAGGAGGAGAAGCUUCGACAGAUCCAACUCUGACUGUUCCCACCACCACCACCAUCUCCCUCCACCCGGUGCAGAUCAGAGUAGAGACUCCAGGAUGAGCAGGCUGGCUGAACAAUGGUCCAGCGACUUGAUAGCAUCUGUUUCCCGUCCACCAAAGUCCACUUCCAGCACCAUGUCCAGCUCCAGCUCCGGCAUGUCCUCAGAGUAUCCCAGCUGUGAGAGCGUGACGGACGAAUAUGCCGGCUACCUCAUCAGGGUGCUGAAGAAGGAAGGAGGCAGCAGGGAGUUGGUCCUCGAUCAGUACGCGAGUCGUUUGGCUUACCGAUCCAUCAAACUCGGCUUGGCCCACGCAAGCCGCAAAGUCAAGCAGAGAUCCUCCAUAAACCGCCUCCAGUCCUCCCAGUCCCUUCCAGACGAGUGGAAGACUUCUAUCAGUGACACCUCGUCUGUUAAGGACAAGGUUGAGUCAGUGCGUCCAUCAGGCGAGGAUCCCCAGUGCAGAUGCAGGACCCCUAAAGAGAAAAGUCAGAGGGACUACACAGACCUGGUCCACUUUGCAGAGUCUUUGGCGUACAAUAUCACCUGUGACGUCACACGGAAGUUGCAUCGCUCGUCCGUGCGCCUCCCCAAGUCUCUGACCGACUCCUGUCUUUAUAAGAAGUCCAAACUCGAUGAUAUGGCGGAGGAUCUCAUUAGGAACUCCUUCUCUUGCCCCCUGCUGUCCAAGGAGGGUAAGAGCAGGCAUUACCACAGCACAGGGAGCCUGUACGACGGAGGCUACAGGGGUCGGGUCAUGCAAGUCAUCGAGCAUUACGCCAGGAAGAUAGUUGAUGACACUCUGCAGAUGAGUAUGGCGUCAGUCGGGUAUGCUUCACGGGAAACUCAAAAGACCCAAGGCCAUGACAGACACUCUCACACCCAGAGGUUAUCUGAGGGACCAGCACUGGGGCAGCCCUCAGGGGAGAGGACCUGCCGCUACUGUCAGAUCCAGGAGUGCCUGUACUGCACCAAACCCUGCCGGCACCACCACCAGCCCGUAACGCAGAGGAGGAAGAGGGCGUCUGAGUGCCAGGGACGGGCUGAAAGGGCGUCUGGUUUGGAGAUCCCCAAGAUCCACAUCGACCUGGACCACAAGGCGGCAUUCGCAGAAGAGAUGGUGACCAUGGCGAUGGAGACGGCCAAACGGGAGCUGAGUAACACCAGCCUUAACGCCGACAGCGGCAUCGGCCAUGAUGGAGCGAGUUAUGCUGAGAGUCUGACCGCUGAGAUCAUGACAUCGGCUCUGUCUAAUGUCUGCCAGACCACCAGCAGCAGGUACAAACACUCAGAUUCACAUGAGAGCUGAUUAAUGAGGGUUCUGUCAUGAACUUAUGACCCUGUUUUAGAUAAAUCCAUGCACACCUGCUUUAGGGUAAAAGCAUCAUAAAUUUAUUUGACGUUAUCCUGCUGAUAGUGGGACAUUUAUACGUUUUAUAAGCCUAGAUGAAGCCUGUUAACUGUUGUCUUUUUCUCCACAUUCAGCUUUCCAGGCAGGGAAACCACCGAGUCCUCUGUGUCCCAGCAGCUGAGCGUCGGAGACGACAGUCUGGGCAGUUGGUCUAACCUGAGUUUUGAGGAUGAGCACCUGGACGACAACAGCAGCUUCCUCCACCUCAGCGACAGGUACACAACCGCUCACCCUCUCACACACAGCAUGCGCAGAAUAUUCACUUCACUUGAAAGCAUCACUGCUGUCUCUGCUGCUAUCACGAUUUUAGACACUUGAGCCACUUCUGAUUCAGAUUUGUCUUUAAAGAUCUCACAAAUAUCCAAGUAGCACGAGUGGCUACAGCUUUGCAUGAGUCUGUCUAUAAAGUUAGAGAGCUGGCGAUGUAGUAUAGGAUGACCAUUUUCUGACUUCCCAAACAGAGGACACGACUACGCGGGGGCAGAGUCACAGAGUCGCACAAAGUUAAUUUUGAGAGUUUUUUGGGUCGGAUCGAGUGUCUGUUAUGCGCUUCUAACACAGAAAGUCCAAGUGACACAAACUCAAAACUUUUGUACAAAACCGCAGACAUUUGAAAGAUUUUAUCAACUUCACCAGACAAAGCCGGACAAACCCGGACAGCCCCGAAAAAAGAGGACAUGUCCAGGUAAAAGAGGACGUAUGGUCACCCUAAUGUUGUAGGUUAUGCUUUUUAUCAGCUCCUCCACUCUAACUUGGUUUAAGUAUCUAACACUCCUUUUUUUGCACCUUUUGAUGGUGGAAAUUGUUUCUAAAAACCUCAACGAAUGGUUAAAGCCUAAGAAACCGACUCAGAAAACACCGAAGUCACCCUCAGACGACAAUUCGCUGACCGAGCAUGCUAACGCUAGCUUACCUGGCUCGACCAGAGGAUGUGCCAGAGGAGGAUGCUUCCCCGUCGCCCAUCCUGAGGGCCGUCAAACGGGUGGAAAACUCUAUAGAUGCGAGUCUGUCUAUAAAAGUGAACUGAAUAGCAGCCUUCGAUCCAUAAACCGAACUACGAGAUUUUUGAUCUGCUGAGCCCCUAUCAUCUUUAUCGAUGACCAUAAACUUCACAGAUUUCUGUACAGAUCCUCUCAUGAGCAGGAUUAGGACUCAGCUGUUAAGCAGCUUCCUAAACAAGCUUUAAACCUCUGCUAUAGACUGUUUGCAGAUUUGUUUUCCGGGUGUUUACCAGAAACUAUGUAGAGACCAUUUUUGCGGCUAUAACAGCAAUUAGACUUCAAGCGAAGAGUUUUUACCACGAUAGAAACAGCAAGCACCUUUUGAUUAAACACUACAAGUAUUUUUACGAUGACAAGCAAUUUAUGGGUGAAUUAAUAAAUGAAAUCAUCUGUUUUAUUGGUUUUAAAGCAUGUUUACUGCUUUAUUUGGAGCUCCUAUAACAGGAGAUUCCUGUGGCGGAGUCUAGAUGGGAGGUAUUCAGGGGUCAGCGCAGGGCAGAGUGUGUGGUUUGUGUUGUUUAGGUUUUACUGUCAGGAUAUAAUUUGUGUUGCAUUAUAUGUGGGGAUGUUGUCAAAGAUUUGAUGGAGCUGUCUUUGCUGCCAAGUUUUUGCAGGCGGGUGGGUUUGUGAAAUAAGCUCCACCGCAUGAGGACCGGGCUGCAGUUAUGAAAGAGUUUGCCCUAUGGAUGGACACUUUGUGUAUGUUUGCAAAAAAAAGGACAAGGGCGGGUGAGUCUGAGUGUCCGUCCUCUUGAGGACAUGGUCUCAUUCAGGUCUCGGCUCUCUGGGAAUCAGGUUGUUGACAUUUCUGGAAAACUCUGUUAUCUCUAUGGAAGCGAAACUGACAACAUUAGAAUUCUUUCCCAAGGUGCUGGAAAAACAACGAGUUAGCAGCUGGUUAUUGUAGCCAUCAGGGCCAAGUGGAUGGAUCAUAAUAUUUUCUAAAGGUGUGUCUCUGACGGCUCUCUGCGCUUCAGGCUCAUUUCUGCAGGAACAAAGUCCAGCAUGUGUAAUUUAUUAGACUCUUAGAGAACCUGAUGCAACCGCCUCUGAAAUAACAGAAAGAAAAAAUCGCCAUCGGGGUUUUAAAGGACACUGAGCGUGAUGAUUGACUAAAUGAACGAGCUCUCACCGGGUGUCUAUUAGUGAAACCGCCGGGAGAAAGCAGCAGCAGCUGAGGUCACGCAGAUUAAAAGGAGGUAUUUUUAGAUACCUGAAAAGUUCCUCCCUUCACGCCACACGGCACAGGUUCCAGCCAGCAGGCUAAUUAUUGACUAAUUACACCGAGAGUGUGUGUUGUUGUGUUGCCGUUGCUGUUGCCAGCUGGUUGUCCUGGUGGAACCCGCAGCAUUAGCGGGGAUAAUGUGAGGACAAGAAUGAAAUGAUCUCACAUUAGACGGCUUUAGCAACAAAUUGUCUCAAUCAACAAAUCAGAGAUGAAUCAGAGGGAUUUGAGGUGGAAUAAUGUGCAUCCGCCUGUGUUUUUGAACGUCACCUGGCAUUUACAGGAUUAUUCCAAAUGCCAGAAAUGGUCAUCAAUCUGAGUAAUGUUUGUGGAAGCUUCAUGAUAGAUAAGGUCAUCACAGCAAGUGGGAAGAAACCGCUUAUUACAUCCAGAUCUUUGCUCUGUUCCUGGAGCUCUCCACUGCAAAAAGUUGGUAUGCGAAAUAUUGAGAACAAAAGCAAAAAAAAAGGAGGAAAGGAAUUUCUGUGUCACUUUUCAAGGCAAUUUUAAACAGGUAACAACGUCUGAUGUCAAAUAAUCAAGAGGUAUCUUGAAACAAAUAAGACAAAAGAAGAAAUGGUUUAUUGUGAUGGUGAGCUUACAGUAAAUACAGACAGAUAAUUAGAGACACAAACUAAUAACAAACAGUCCGCAGUUGUUUUUUUUCGACUAAUAAAAGGAGAAGAUUUAAGACGACUUCUUUACUUUCUCAGUUGAAAGAGAAACUCAUGCUUGAGUUUUACAUCUUUCAGCACCAUUUUAUUAAAACAAGGAUAGUUUCCAAGGAAUAUAUCUUAAAAUCUUAACACUGAAACAAUCAUUCAGAUAAUUUAUGUCAUAAUUAUCAUAUUUGAUUUAGGGCUGUCGCAAUAUACUGGUAUUGAUAAUAUUUGCCUUUCAAAAGGAAUCGAGUAUUGAUGUUGUGUCCCUAAUAAGUAUAAGGGUUAUUUCCUGAGUUCAUAGUAGUCGUCCUUAAGGAAAGUGAUGUUUAAAUUUAGUAUCGAAUUAUGUUAAAAUGGUGAUGAAAAAUGUCCAAAUCUCAGACUUUACACAGGAGAUAGAAUAUCUUUCUUAGAAUGAGUUAACCUUUUGAAAUGUUGUUGCAUGAAAUAUUAAUUUGGUUUGUUAAAAGAAAGACAGAAUCUUUUUAGGCACAUGUGAACCUCAUAUUGAAGUGAAAAAUCAUUUUUAAGGAGUAACAGAAUUAUGCAAAAGUUUAAGACUCAUGCUGCGAUCCUUAGAUAUACGAAGUGUAACUAUAUCUGUUCUGCGAGCAUAGAGGAAUAGAUGAUUUUGGUGCUUUGAUGCAAGAUUGAAUUGUAUUUCUGUUCUUAAUUUGAAUAAAGAUGUAAAAGCAAAUAAGGUUUGUAGGUUUUGAACAGCACUUUUGUACAGUUAAGUAUGUCGUAUUAAAAAGUAAAAACAAACCUCUAUGUAAGACUUUAUAAGAACCGUUUUGGCGACAGAGAUGAAUUCAAUCAAAGAUAAAUCUGCGUCUGAUUAGAAAUAUCUUGUCAGCUGUGUUCAUUUGAGACAUCGCCUGUUACACAGAUGUGACUGCGUGUGCUGUGUGAUGUGGUGGUGUUUCUCUAAGCAGACGGCUCCUGUCAGUGUUAUAGCGGUGUGUUACCUUCUUCUCUCUCCAGCAGCAAUGGGAACAGCAGUAGCUGGAGCAGUCUGGGCCUGGAGGGGGAGGCGUGCGAGGAGCGUAUGUCAUUCUCUCCCUCUGACAGGUCGGUCAGCAGCUGAGUGACACAGCUAGUCUCUCAUAAGACGCGGUGGUUCACCUAGAAUGGGACAAAGUCACUCUGUAGUUUCUGACUCUACUCCAGCAUGAAAGAAACAAAGCGUGCCAAAGAUCCAUGAGAGGAAAAAUCUCGGCACAGAGCUGGAGCCGGAGGAUAGUUUUAUCAUAUGAGAAUGAUUUACAGGAUUGCACAGUGGCACUUUGAGUUAUACUUUUGUCUCAUACUAGGAACCACCAGCCCCUUGUUGCAUGACCACAGUAAAGCUGUAAACAUGAAAAGGCUUGACAUGGCUUAAGCUUGUUGAUGUUCCUGUCAACAUGUGAUGUUUUCUGUUUCUGCUUUACUUGCAUGUCUUUCUGUUGCUUUAUGGGAUCAUUGUGCAGUUGUUUUACUCUCCUGGUGCCUAGAAUGAAACCCAACUGUUCUAGAUUAAGAUAUUACGUCUAUAUGUGUGCUUAUCCUUUAGAAAACUACAUGAAUUAAACCAGUUUUUGCAGCCUUAAUAAAUCUUGCUGGUAAAUGUGCUUCAACUCAUGCAACUAAUGGUUUCAGCUCUUAGCAAGGCAGAAUGAAUCAACAUGUUAAAACCCACAACCCCAUCAUUGGAGGUCGCCCACUUGACUGCAAACUUCCCCUCCAAGUAUCUGCCACAUUUAGGUUAUCAUUAUCUUAAAAAUCCAUGUUUUCUAAGUUUUAUUUUCCAUUAACAUGAGUUCGGUUGUGUUUGGCAGCUGACAAACAGUCCUCAGAUGUCAGAGCUCACCACAGACAUCUGAACGCACCAACACUUUAAUCAGCGCCUCACGGCUGCAUGAUCACUACUGACAAAAAGAUUGAGUUGACAAAAUAUUCCCACUGGAAAAACAAAAGAUUUAUUUUUUGAGUUUCAGAGUAACUACCCGCCCAAUAUUAACUCUGACCAGUGGUUUCUGAGAAUGCAGCAAAAAAUUUGACACAUAACUCGACCUGAAAAGGGCGAAACGUGAUGUCAUUGCCAACAAUAUAGAAAAAUCUACAACUAAAUCCACAUCAGUGGUUUUUUUGAGUGGACUAACAGAAGUGGUGCCUUUCUGCAUAAAUUGGCCUUUGUUAUUUUUCUCUCUUCUCCAAGAGCGUAAAUCGAGGAUGACAUUGACCCAUGAUGAAGCUGUCAGUUGUGUUUUUGUUUAACGAAAGAGUCGUUUGCUUUAUGUGACAUCAUGAAAUGGUAAAUCAAUCAGUGUUCCCACAGCCAAUCCUGAUACGUCUUUUCCUCAAACUCAAGUUUUCCAGUGAGCGGUUAUUUAGAAGGAAAGAAAACUUCAAAUUCCCAUGAUUAAAAACCUACAAGGAAUUUUUUUACUCUUUGAAACAAAAGGGGAAAAUAAUGUCAGAUUGACGCUGUCCUGCAACUUUACCACCUAAAUAACUCGAUAAGUCAACUAUCUGCUUUAUUUUUCCUACUAAUGCAACACAUCAAAGUUGUUUUCAGUUGUGCAAAAAUAUUAAAAACUUUAUUUUUGCACGUCAUCAGUUUUUAAACCUCACUUGCGUGUGUUUUGGCUCUGAGCAUCAACUUACAGCAAAUGAUCAUUUCACUGGAAGCCAUUAGGGGGCAGGUUACUCACAGUUUGUAGUUUAUUUAUUCUUCUGUUGUAAAAUUGUCCUUUUAUUUAGGAUGAGUUUUGCAAGUCAAGACUACAGUAGAAGUCAAUCAGAAGGGUUAUGCCCUUAAAAUAUCACAUCAAGAGGUCAUAGAUGAUAAAAGGACAAUUAAAGCAGCUGUUUCCUGUGAUGCAGGACUUUGAGGCUGCUCCUGCCAUGUCUGUUUUCAUCCUCGCCUCUGCUUCUUCACUUUACAUUUGGUUUUUAUUCCUAAAAAUGCGCGGAGUGUCCUCCUACUCUCGUAAAGAAAACAAUAUCUUUCUAUGAUAUUUAACAGCAGAGUUUGGAGCGUCUGAAGCUGCAGGCUGUGUCAACAAGUCUGUGAUUAACAAUGUUAUAAAGAGGUGAAAUGACUGUUUAUCUGUAAGCACAGCACAGAGCAAAUAUUUGAACUAUUGUCAGAAUGGAUAUGGACUAGAUUCUCAGAAAGGAAAAGUCAACUUUCACACUCAUUUACUCUAAGUCACAGUGUCUUAAGAGACAAUAGAGCCUGAAGAAGAAAAGUCAAUUUACUGGAAGACAGCAAUAAAAAAAAACACUGACUGGAAAUCUACAGGGUAGUUUCCUUACCUUUUUCAAACCUUUUGAUCAGAGUUAGAAAUAUAAUUAAGAAAAUGGUGAUCUAAUUGUAUUGAUAUCUCAAAGUGAGUGCAGAAAAAAUGGAAUAGAACAAAAGUAGAACUAAAACAUUUGCGCUAUAAAAGUAAACAGUCACAGAGAUCCUGCAGCAAAUAGCGAGAAAUAUGCCACAAACAGUAAACUAUGUAAAAGAUAGAAGUAUGUAAGGUUAAAUGAGAACAAUAUAAUAUUCAUUAACUUGUUAAAAAAGGAGAUGAACACUACCAGAGAGUUAAAGGGCAGUUUUGGAUAAACAAUCUCACAUUGAUCAUUUAAAAAUGAUCAAAAAGUCUCUCAUCCUUAUAUAGCGGGCUCAGUGGGUUUAACGCAGAGUUUAAAAGGCUAAACUUCUAAUCCCCCUUUUUUGUGUUACAGGUAAUAUGUACAAAACUGUCAGCGGAGGAUUUAAAAAGCAUUGAGGGAUUAUAAAACAAAAAAAGAAUUAGUCACGUAGGCCACUCCCAAACCAUUUUAGACCAAGUGAAAAGGUAAAAGGCCCAAAACCCGUUCUAGAAAUCACUGGAAGCUUCUGCAGUUCGACUUAGACCAGCCUGAUGUGCUUCCUCUGUCUUGUUCUAGUCAAGAGCAUGGAAACUUAGAUCCAAUUGUAGUUUAUUUAGUAAUUGUACUGUUUCAAAGAGUAUUACAGCAAUGAACUUGAUUUGACUUAAAUGCAUGAAUUAGAUUUUCAGUUUUUCUGUUUGCAUGAAGUUGCUUAGCCUGCAGUCCUCUGAUGUUUUUAUUCUUGUAUCAUUGGCUUUACCAUUCCCCCUCACUAACCUGUGUUAUAUUUCUUAUCCAACAGUGACAACACAGAAGACAAGGAGGCUGAGGUCAAAGAGGAAUCUAGCGGUAAGGAUAUUUUACUGCCUGCUACUACACUUUUAGGUGAGCUGCAGUCGGCAGUAAUUCUAGGUUCUCUAAUCCAAUAAAAUCGUUCCUGUAUAAGACUUUUCCUGAAAAUGUAGAUUUUGGCUAACAAAAUUAAACCCAAGUUCACAGUUUAACAUAUCACAGUUCAGACAGCAGAGAGGUUAGGAAAAAAAAAAAGUCAAGUCCCUCCCCUAAUUUGAGGUCUCGCUCUUUCCGUUCGCUACAGUUCAGAAGAGUUGGCUUGAUUCCAGAUGUCUGUGUACGUCUGUCUGAGUGUAUCUGGGGAUUUUACCACCCCCAUAUUCACCCACACUAAUGCUCAUUCAUACACUCCCUCCACAGUCACUCAUUCUGCUGCAUGAGUGUGUCAAAUUAAAGUUACCCCAUCGGAGGGAGGGGCCAUGGGGUCCACACCAGAACCGGGAGCGUGGGAACCGCUGACUGUAUACUGUAUAGGGAUUGUUAGAUAUACUUAGAGCAUGGAAGAUGCACUGUCAAACAGAGUAAGAGUACAGUGAGUGCUGGCUGAUAUGGAAAAAUAUGAUUACAUAACAUUUCAUUAUUGGACAGCAUCAGAUUACUUUAGGAUAUAUGACUUGUGAUGCUGCACAUAUAGGGGCAUGUGACAAGAAGCGUGAAAAAUUCAAUGUUUUAGUUAUUUAAACUGAAGGAAAUAGUUCUAUACAUACGAUUGAGCAAUGAUGGAUAUAGUAUUUUUUAAGGAAGAUCUUAAUUUCAACAGAAAAUUAUUAAAAUGGUGUUCAAAAUGGGCAAAUACUUUAAAUGUGAGUCUAUCAUUGACUUUAAUUGAACUCUAACAGACAUAGCACCUCAUGGGGGGACUGUGAGGUGAGCUCCCAAAAGUAAAUGAUCCACAGAGGAGACACCAGGUGAUGAAAACUAGUAAAAAAACACUAAAUUAGAGUUUCAUGACAAAAAAGGCUGUGAGCUGAGCUGCCGAGGGUGAAUAACCUGCAGAGGGCUAUUUCUGUUUAAGAUGAACAUACUGGGUGCUAAAAACCAGUGAAAACGCUAGAAGACAGUCAGAACAAAAAUCUGUUUGUCUGAUAGAAUUUUAACAGAUACAGGUCCUCACGAGGGACUGUGAGCUGAGCUACUAAAGGUGGAUUAUCCAAGAAGCCAAAGAGGAUUAUUAACCAUCUACAUUAACAAAUAAGCUAAUUGAAAAAGUUAAAGGAUACAUGACAAGAAAUAUACUUCUAUUCUUUAGAUUCCAAAAAUUCCGCAUGGGGGGCUGUGAGCUGAGCUGCUAUUGAAGUAUCCACAAAGGGUUAUUCCUCUUUGAGGUUUUCAGACAAGAUGAUUAAAAUCAGGAAACGUUUCAACAAAAAAUAUCUUUUACUAUCAUAUAUUUUAAAUACACAGCAUUUCACCAGAGGCUGUGAGCUGAGCUGCUCCAACAUUAGUUGAACCAGGACCGAAUUCUUUGUGACUUAAGAGUGGAAACACCAAGUAGAGUAGUAGUAGGUUAAAAGUGAGGGAUUUUCCAGUGUUUUUCCUAAACACCUGGAGUCCAAUGAGGGGGCUGCUAGCUGAGAUGUUGCUGACGGUGUGUGGAAAUCAUGGUGCCAUCUUUUUGCCAAUGAUUUCUAAUGAGUUCAUUCUAACCUUCGCACAGGGAAUAGUCAGUGGGUUGAGUAGGGCCUGCAGUGUAGUGUGUACUUUAUAUGAAACCAAGAAAACUGUUGAGUAGAAAUGAGGUAAGGUUUGAGUUUUUUUGUAAUUGUCCAGUUUUCUGUGAAGUAAAAACUGUUCAGAAAAGUGACUCAUGAAAACAGCAUUGUGCAGAUGAUUCAUCUCAAAUGAUUCACAUGUCUGUGCUGCAGGGACUCUGUGUGUGGACCGGACUCAGCUGCAGGCCCCCAGGACUGCACUGGUCAUAGUGAACUCGGAUUUCCUCAGCCCUCAGCACAUGACCCCUGACCCCCAGCUCAGGAGCAUGCUGCAGUGGGUGGCAGCCUCCAUGGCCGAUAUCCCCCUGAUCCAGCUGAGUCCCGACAGAGAGCUGCAGCAGGUGAAUGUCUGCCGUCCUCUUUGAAUACCCUCAUUAUCUGUGACAGAUUCCCACUGAGGUGUUUAUGAUAAAACAUAAACUCAUUUCAUAACCGACUCAGAUCUCCACAAUGAAAGGAGCCAUUCUUUCUGCGGUUGUUGAUGUUGGUUUUAAAGGAUAGUGAUCUUGUGUAGCGGUGUCCUGGUUUCCACUACAGAUAGCUUUGCUGUGGAGACAAAAUGAUUAGCUUAUGCAACAAAGAAGUUAAAAGAGUUUCCAGCAUAUUUUACAGUGUUGUGGUUCUUGACUUAUCUUGUAACAUACCUCUUUGUCACAUCUUUAUUUCAGAGAUUUUAUCAUGUUCAGUUGUAUAACAGUUCGUACCACCAGAGAAUCUGGCUUCUUUGAGGAGAUUGAUUUGGUCAAGUUUGUGUUUAUACUAUCACCAUAGAGUUAUUGAUUAAUUCAACUACUUUCCUUCUUCCUAAGGCUAACCAUUAUGAUCGUUUAUAAAUUACUAGAAGCAAAGUAUGUCUACAGCUUUCCCAUUGACUUGAAUUAAGCCACAGCUCCAGUUAUUCAGUUAAGUCUCUUGCACUUUCAGCCACAAGCGCAGGUGUGAAAGUGAAACCCAUAUGCCAACCUUGUGUAUUUCUAAAUGAAAGAGUUAUUUGAGAAAUAACUUGAGCAUCCCCUCUGGGUGACAUGUUUUGAACUUGAGGCCUAACUUCUUCUAAACACAACUCACCUACUCUCUUCCAGCAGCCACUUGUUUGUAGCGUGACCUCAACCAGUCCAGUACGGACUACAGCGGGGGGACGCAGCUCAAGGAAGAACAUUUAUGAUCAUUUCUUUAUCAUUUCCUUGAAGUAAUAAUCAUCAUAUUAAUCAUUUUGCACUGCAGACACGGUAGUUCUUCUGCCUUAGCGUCUCGGUUUGAUUGCAUUUCCAUGACGUAAUGAUCAUAAAUGUUCUUCCUUGAGCUGCGUCACCCCGCCGUAGUCCGUAAUGGACUGGCCUGAGGUCUUGCUACAAACAAACAGCUGCUGGAAGAGAGACCGUGAGUUGUGUUUAGUCUCUUUGCUAAAGAAAUUAGGCAAAGCUAAAAAGAUGUUUGGUGGCUAGUGCUGUGGCUGGGACCCGAUAUGUUCUGUUGAUGAAGUUAGGUGCUGUUCUGAGCAUUAUUGAGGCUAUAGAGUGGCGUUUGGUUGAGGUUUGUUUAUGGCUCCUCAGACCGCUAUGUAUUGCUAUCAUGCGGUCGUUACUAAAGUUGGUAUAACUUGAGAAGCAAGCAGUCGGCAACAUUCAUCUCUCGACAGGGUGUGUAACUCGGCGUUACAGUGUGUUUGACCCUAACUUAAUUUUACGCCGGAAUAUCCCUUUAAUUUUUGUGACUCCUUAUGUGUGUCUUUUCAGCUCCCAGCGGUGGUCCAAAGGCUUCGGGAGCGCAAAUGGAGAGUCGGGGAGUUGCUGCACACACUGCUUCGCUACUGUGAAGACAACCAGAUGCACAGUCAGUCCAGAGAGGAGGCACCGCAGGCGGGCAGAGAACCUCACCGCGCCCCCCUCUUCCAGUGGCUCCUGGAGCACGCCUAG